AUGUCUACAAUGAACUACCGUUGGUCUGCCUUCCUUGCCUCGAUAUUCGUCAUACCGACCUUCAUUCUCGCCAUAUUGGUGUUGCUCUCUGGAUACCAAGUCAAGAGUAUAGCACUAGCUACACUGACUGCUACUGGUAACUCGCUCUCAGUACUUGUAGCUCAGGCCGAAGGCUCGUAUAUGACUCUCACACCAUGGGGCUAUUGUCUCCUCUCUUCAAACGGUGUAUUCACAUGCAACAAUGUCCAAUUCAGUCAAGCCUUCAACUUUUCGGCUGCCUUGGACAUACCUCAACAGCAAAUACCAGUCCUGGGAGACUAUCUUACACUGAUUGCCAACCUCAAGGCAUCAGGGUAUAAUGCAAACAACCCAUUUGUCUUUACAGCCUUAUUUGUGGGAGUUAUAGCUUGGGGAUUGGUGCUACUGGCUAUUGUAUUCGGGGCUACGUGCUUCAAGCGUGUGCUAGGAAUCGGAGCUUUUCUCGCAGGUGUUGGAACGGCUGCCAUGAUUUGUGCUUCAGUCGCAUCAUACGUCACAUACAGCACGAUGCAAAAGCUAUUCAAUCAAGCCUCAAACGGGGCUUAUACAAUCUCAACAACUAAUGGAACCAUUAUGUGUGUCGUCGCUAGCUGCCUCGGAGCUUUAGGUGGUAUCAUAUUGAUCCGAGCUGGUGUACUGGCAUACAGGAGAAACCUCAAGGACUCGCAAUAUUAUGAAAAUUAG